UGCAGUUAACCACACCGCGAAAAAUGUAGCUUUUUUUGUGUGUGUGAGACACACACACCGUUAUAUGCGGGAAUCGAACUCCUGCACACAAAACAGGCGAGUAUACCAUUACAUCAUCAGCGACGCUAACGAAAAAUGUAGCUGGUUGACAACUUCUGCUCUGACGUCAUCAAACUUCCGCCGGCAGACUGGCUGUAAACAACAGCGAUAAAUAUGCAAGUCGAGGUUCUUUUCACUGUGAUAAGGUUUUAGACGCAUGCCAACAAAUGCGUAAAAUGAUGGCAACCCACGCGGUUCUGUCAUCGGGAGUCAAAACGUGGAGAGCUCUAACAUGUGAGAAGUCAGAGCUCCGAUUGGAUCUCACUCUUGCUUGUGGGCAAUCAUUCCGCUGGAAGGAGACGACAGACGGCCACUGGACUGGAGUGAUGGGAGGACAAGUGUGGACUCUGACUCAGACCGAGGACACGUUGUGGUACCAUGUUUAUAAACCCAAUGACGUGCACAGAGGACUCGUGGCAGAGAAGGAUGGCGAGAAAAACAUGUCAGAGCUGAAAUGCAAUGCAGCUGUGAAAAAGGAACAGAAGGAGGUCAUGGCUGUAAACCAGCAUGAGGACGAGGCCAUGUUGAGAGAUUACCUCCAGCUGGAUGUGAAUUUGAAGGAUCUGUACAGAAAAUGGGGAGCAGCGGACAAGCAUUUCCAGAAAAUUGCAGACAUCUUCACUGGUGUGCGAAUGCUCCGCCAGGACCCCACAGAAUGCCUUUUCUCCUUCAUUUGCACUUCCAACAACCAUAUCUCUCGUAUCCAAGGCAUGGUGGAGAGAUUGUGCGAGGCUCGGGGAAACCUGCUCUGCAAGCUGGAUCAAACCUCCUACUACGACUUUCCUUCGCUGUCCGCAUUAGCAGAUAGCAGCGUAGAAGCCCGCCUGAGGGAACUCGGUUUUGGAUACAGAGCUCGGUUCUUGCAACAGAGUGCAAAACAGAUUUUGGACCAACACGGUUACAAAUGGCUUGAAGGUCUUCGCAGGGUCCCGUAUUCGGAGGCCCGCCAUGCUCUGCGUGCCCUACCUGGGGUGGGCACUAAGGUGGCAGAUUGCGUAUGUCUGAUGUCUCUGGAUAAGGCCGACGCCGUGCCGAUCGACACGCACGUGUGGCAGAUCGCCAAGCGCGACUAUAAAUACCAACAUACUAACCAACCCAAAAGCAUCACGGAGAAGCUCCACAAAGACAUCGGUGAUUUCUUCAGGAAUCUGUGGGGUCCCUACGCCGGGUGGGCACAGUCUGUGUUGUUCUGUGCCGAUCUCAAGAAAUUCCAAAAGCUGAAAGAAACGCCACAUCUGAAAAGGCCAAAGGAAGAGUCCGACACUGAAAGUGCGCUGACGUGCAAGAGAGCAAAUAUGAAGACUGUGAAAAACAGGAAACCCAAGUCAGCGUCGCAAAAGCAGGGAAAGAUGUCCGUGAAGGAGGAGCAGUAAUCAGCCGUGGACUAUGGACACUUGCCCCGCAGCGAGCACGUCCUGACCGGCGUCGUGGCGCAGAGGAGGCGCACAGCUAGCAG